AUGUUGAGGGCUCUAUCUGUCCCUUCAAUUCAACUUUCUCUUAUUUUUUUCCUUAUCUCAACAGUUCAUGUAGUUGUAAAUGGAGACAAACAAAAGGACUUUUACAUCGUUUUCUUGAGUGAUUUUCUAAUCGACGAAGUAUCUGUACUUCAAAGCCAUAUCGAUGUCCUCUCAACCUUGAAGGAAAGUGAGGUUGAUGCUAAGGAGUCCCUCGUUUAUAGCUAUACGAAAAGCUUCAAUGCAUUUGCAGCAAACCUAACUGAAGAUGAAGCCAAGAAACUAUCCAGUAUGGAUGGAGUGCUUUCUGUUUUCCCAAAUCAAUAUCGCAAACUUCACACUACAAAAUCAUGGGAAUUUGUUGGGUUAACUCAAACAGCUAGAAGAAACUUGAAAGUGGAGAGCAACAUCAUUGUUGGUCUAUUAGAUACAGGGAUCACUCCACAAUCAGAUAGCUUUAAAGAUGAUGGACUUGAUCCCAUACCAUCCAAAUGGAAAGGAAGUUGUGCUCAUUUUGCGAAUUUUUCAGGAUGCAACAGGAAACUCAUUGGCGCCAAAUACUUCAAACUAGACAAAAACCCAGACCCGAACGACAUACUCUCACCGGUGGAUGUCGACGGCCAUGGCACUCAUACAUCAUCAACCCUAGCCGGAACGAUAGUUCCAAACGCAAACCUCUUUGGCCUCGCCGGAGGGACGGCGCGUGGGGCUGUGCCGUCGGCCAGGGUGGCGAUGUACAAGGUGUGUUGGGCCAGCUCAGGCUGCUCAGACAUGGACAUUCUUGCGGCGUUCGAGGCAGCGAUUCACGACGGCGUUGAUGUGAUCUCCAUCUCGAUUGGUGGUUUUUCGGAUAGUUAUGCGGCGGAUCCGAUUGCGGUCGGAGCGUUUCAUGCGAUGAAGAAAGGGAUUGUUGCGGUGGCUUCCGCCGGAAAUGCUGGACCUACUCUGCGGAGUGUGGCGAACCAUGCGCCAUGGAUAUUUACUGUGGGUGCGAGUGGUAUUGAUCGGGACUUUAGGAGUAAAGUCGUGCUCGGCAGCGGCCAAAUCGUCUCGGGAAUUGGAGUGAAUGCCUUUAAUCCAAAGCAAAACUCAUAUCCUCUUGUUACAGGGGCUGAUGUAGCCCAGGCUUCAGCAAGCAAGGACAGUGCCAGGUUCUAA